AUGACGUCGACAGAGGUGGAGGCGCUAAACGCAGCUCUGCUACGUGCGCGCCAGAACAAACACGACAUUGCGGACUUUCUAACUGAACUGGAGAACGAGAAGUUCUCAUGGGGGACCGGCUGGGCGGGGUUGGAAGCCGGAAGGGCUUACGCAGCUGACGGCCUGGCUGCCACUCGCUCUCCCAGCGCCACUCCAGCGUCUCCGCUCUUGCACGAAAUUGAACGCGCGAGAGAAACGGUCAGCUCGGCCUCUCUUGGCGCGGCGAUAGCUAAACACGUUCGCGCGACGACUCCGCGAGGGGAUGGUGGCGCAGAAAAAGGCUCCACACGGGAGCCAGCCGCCUCGUCACCCCUUCCGGCGGCCCCUGUGCAGCGCACGCCCUUGAGAGAAAUUGACAGCUUCGCUGUCGGGCCUCCGAGAAUGGAGGUCAUUGUGAGGUCUUACCACCUUGGAGGCGAGCUAAAAACGAAUACGGACGCUCGUGGAACCAGUGGUCUCUCCACGCGGUGUCUGCGACACACGCGCGCGCCUUUGCCGCCGCCCGUCUUCCGCGCCCUUCAAAGUCGAUACGCGUCGAACUUGCCAACUCCCUCACAUCCAAGAUCGCCGCCGUCUCCGUCGCCCUCUGAGGCGCGCGCGUCGAGCCCGAGUCCGCUGCUUCGCGAGGACUCGGUUUUUGCGCUCACGAGCGUGAAAGAUCCUCCGUCGUCUGCGUCGAGUGCGUCUGCCGCCGCCCUGCCUUCCUCCUCUUCAGGCGCGGCUCUGCGGGAGCGGUCGCCUUCGCCCCAGGCGGCGCUCGCCAUUUCCCCGUUGGGCUUGUGCGAGGGCGAGACCGUGAUCCUGCCAGCAUUCGUCAGAAAGUACUUUGAAACGACCCCCGAUGGAAAGCCGCUUCCCCUCGACUACCAGAUCGACACGGUGGGAGAGGAGACUUCGUCGAAAAAGCAAAACACGAAAGCAGACGCCGAGGACGAUUUGUACGAGCUCCACCGGGGCCCACUCGCCCAGCUGCACUGGUCGACCGAAGACGAGGGUUGUCUCUUCUCGUCGGUCAUGAGACAAGCCGAAGGAGGAGUCAGCAACGAGGCUGAUGGAAUCGUUGCCUGCGACAGACUCGCGGCUGAAGAAUCGGCCGCGCCGACUGUCUUGCAACUGCUGGCGGCGGACCGCGAAGCAAUUCUGCGCCAGAGGAACUUGAUACCCGACGACGAGUUUUCUCGCCAGCUGAAAGCUGCAGAAGACUUGCUGUCGGGCUGGCGAACGGUGGAGCGACUCGACUUGGCGCUGGAACAAAAAGAGUCGCAGCUGAGGAAUCUGAAGGCCGAGAUCGCGCGAACCCGAGACCGCAUGCGGCGCUUCUUCUAUACGCAGGUGGCUGCCUUGCCAGGCGGGCUGCCGAAGGCUGGCGCGGCGCUUGCUCUCGUUCCUGCGCUCUUCUCCUUUCCUACGCUGACCUCGAAGUCUGGCUCGACGCUGGAGUCCAAUUCGGACGACGGCGAACAAGAUGCCGUCUCUCCCCUGAACCUCUCUGCCUCUCUCGACUUGAUGCUUCAAAGCCAAGCCGUGUGCCCGCGCGCUGCACCGCCUUCUGCCUUCGCCUCCUUUUCUCUUCUCGCUGCACUCGAUCCGCACAGUCCAACGGCGCCGAGCCACGCCUCGAACCCGAGCGCGAGCGCCGCUGGAGCCUUUUGCGAGGCUGCCAGCCGCAUUGUAAGCGUGUGGAGGCGCGCGGAGGGCGAGGCGCGCAAACAAACACACGAGCUCCUUCCGCGGCAUCUCCGCGAGAGACGGCGCGCGCGAAGCGAAGCUCACCGGUGUACAGAACACACAGACGGGGGGGGUAGGCGAGCAUACGAAGCCGGGGCAAGCAAAAUGAUUGCGAGGGCGACCCAGCGCCGCGCGAGGCCGCGCAGCAGCCGCGCGGCCCAGGCUACGGCCUCUUCCGGCGCGAGCGGCGCACGCACGUCGCGUCCACCUGAGAAAACAGCGCAGGAGGCCGGCGCCCAACCCGAAGAGGCGCUGGAGGGUCAUUCGCCCCGCUUGCCGCUGGAAGACCGGAGGGACGGGGAGGCCGAAUCGCUGGCCGCAUGCAGCGUCUUGGCGAGGGCGACACUCGGUGAUGCCUCGCGGCAGAUCAUCGGCUUUGAGUGCGCCGUCUCUGACGAGCGAGAAAGACAGGAACGGAGAGCGACGCGCAAGCGAGCGGAAGGGAGGAAGACGGAGAGGCUGGAGCGGAGCGGAGAGAAGGCACGGACAGACCGCAUGCGACCCGAAAGGCGCGACGGCGCACACAAAUCGGCAGCACCGACAGACACCCAGCAGGCGAGCAGCCGGGCGCCAAAGGCAGAGAAGCCGCUACGAAGCACGCGCAAAGAGCUGCGAACUGAGGGCGCUCGCAUGCGACAUGUGGAGGGGGGGGCGGAGACAUCCGGCGCGGACGACGAAGGGCCUGGGGAGCUCUCUGAAGCGGCUCCAGCGGCGCCACGGUCGUUGGGGCUGCAGGAGGGCGACGGGACAAAGACGCGGUCUUCAGGGCCGCCUCCCGCGCCGGCGGCGGCGCCCGCUGGGGAUCCACUCGCGGUGGGGACUUGCGCCGCGUCGCCGUUUGCGCCUCUCGCAGUGGCCGGCGGCGGAGAGGCCUCUGAUCCACGGCUGCGUCGCCAGGGCAACGGAGACGCCGCAGCACCGCGCCCCGAAGGACGCCAGGAGACAGGAAAAGACGACGAAGAAGAAGACGGCGAUGCAGCGGACAGCGAGGUGGCGACCAGCUUCGUCAGCCCCUACAGGCCUUCGUCUGCCCAGCAGACACGGCUGUCGGAGAUUGCGGCGCGUCUCAGUGACUUGACAUCUUCGUCUUCGUUGCUCUCUUCUCUGCGGCCGUCCCUCACGGCGUCUCUCGGCUCGCACGCCUCCGUCCUCAGCCGCACGUCGAGUUGCCGCUCGAGUCUCGCGCCCGCUUCGCACUUGCCGCUCGAAGACCGCGGAGACGCAGGCCGGCGCACGGCCGCAGACGGGCGAGGCGAGCCCGACGCAGGCGGCGAGGAAGAGCCUGAGGGGGGCGGCUGCGCUCAUAGACGGAGGGCGAGCGAGGCGGCGGAGCGCGCGUCGGUCUUCUCGGCAUCCGCUCCCUUUGCGGAGGGAUCUCGGCACGACAAACAGGCAGCGAGAGAGGAAUUGGCACAUGCAGGAGGGGAGGCAGCAGAGGCUGAGGCUGCGAAGGGCUACGGCGACGCGCCGUCGAGGAGCACGCAGGGGGCCGAGGGAGAGAAAGAGGAGAGCGGAGACGGCGGGGGAGAGCCGGUGCCGCGACGGCACGGAGAAGCUUCAGGAAGGAGUCGGGAAUCCGCAGCAAAAAGCGGAGACGAAGACUUUGAAGGCGAUCUCCCUGGGGACGACGGAGCGCACGAGCUCGAGCUUCGGCGAGCCGUGGCCGCGCUCGCCUCCCUGGAGAGCCGCCUGAGUCUCCUGCGGCAGCGCCCCGCCUGCCGUCGCCCCAGCCGCGCGGCGAUAGAACAGCUGCUGGCUGAGGCGGCGAAAGAGCAAGGCGACCUGCGAAGCGAGAAGCUCUCCGCGUGCGCCUCCUUCGCGAGCUGCGAAAGAUCUGCUCGGUCACCCAGUCUCUCUCAAAGCUCUUCCUUUGCGCUGCGGGCGCCCGCCGACAAGCGCGGAGACCGCAGGGAACACGCGCGCGCCGACAGAGUGCUGGGCGAGAUGGAGCAGACGAGCCGCGAGCCAGGCGAUGAAGACGCCUGCAGUGGAGACGGCGGCGCAGAGAGAGGGUGGGGGCCUGCAGAGGCCGACGCGAGGCCGUCUGAGCCGGGCGCCGAGGCGGAUGAGGAGGCGGGGGAGGGUGAGGGAGUCGACGACGGCGAAGUGAACGGAGACACGCCCUCUCGCCCUAGCUGCCGACGCUCGUCGAGCCUCCUUCGCUUCAUUCAGGAGCAACAAAGCCAUGCCGAGCGCCUCUUGAGCGAAGCGGAGGAGGCUCUGAAAGCAAGACGAGACGAGGAACUGCAGCGGCGCCAGGCGUCACUCGUCCUUGCGCAGGACGCAGAGGCGAUCUUCAUGGAGAUGCAGGAGCAUACGUACGAGAGCGGCGACGCGCCAGGCGCACCCCACGGCGACCAGCAGAAGAAGGAGCAGGGGCGAAGGGGGACGCGGCUGACUUACGGCGGCACAAAUUCCACGGAGAUGGCGAGGCGCCUUCGGGCCUUGACUGACGCUCAGGGGUCGCGGCAACCCUCCCACGCCCCGAGCGAACCGGCGGAGACGCCGUCGGUGAGCCACGCCACCCUACCGGUAGCGAGCGAGAGAAGAGACUCAGACGUCGCGCCGCGAGGAGGGUUGGAAGACGGCCGCGCGCAAGAGAAAGACAGAAAGACGGACGAGGCGGGAGCGGUACCUGAGAGCGCGAAUGCCGUCGAGGCUGAAAAAGGGCGAGAAAUCGGCGCCGCCGUGGAAGUCACGGACGAGCGCUCGCCGAAUGCAGAAGGCCUCGUCAGCCACAUGGACUGCCUGCAGCAAGAAAUCGGCCUUAUCUUGGGGCAGCUGGAGAGGCGCGAAGAAGAACUCCAGCGCGAUGAAGCAACAGUGGAAAGAGCAGAGGACGACUCCGCAUCACUCCCCCCCCCCCCCCCCCCCGCCCUCACGCAGGCAAGAGUUGAGCUCAUGAAGCCCGUCCACAGAGCCGAAGAGACCGAGGGGGACGCCUACGCAGGUGAUCGCCCAGCAGGAGGGCAAAAAGUCACGCAGCCGAGAUACUGA